CUCGCUAGUCGAGGUAUAUGUCUACAGAAGACUGUAAUCAGUUAUAGUAUACUUUAACAAAAUAAUAGUUCUCUUGCAAGUUAGUAAGUUCACUUCUCUAUUGAGUUCUACAAUUUCUUGUAUUCUCUGACGUGCUGCGGCUGCUGCAUCUCUCGUAGGUCGGAAUGGUGGAACAUCUGGGUUUAACUGGGUUAUGUCUUUUUUGACUUUCCAAUCACAAGACAAUUCUAGAGGGUAAAGGUGGUUGGGGGAUCAGUCUAAGAAUUUCUUUCCAGCUCGAAGUCUCACGGCUCUCACAACUCCAUCACGCCCCGCAUAUAGCUCGUCCACGAUACCGAGUGACCAGUUCGCUCUGUUCCGCUCGUCCGAUUUGAUGAUGACUACGUCUCCCUUACUUAGCUUUAAUUUCUUUGUACCCUUCUUUUGGUUAUGUCGCUCACGCAGUCCUCGGAUGUAUUCUGUCGACCAUCUGCGCCAUACCGCGUCUUUGCAACGAGAAAGAAAUCGUGCACGUUUACGUAGACUUAAAUCUUCUAGGUAAUGGGCUUGCAGUUCUGAAUUAGGUGUUACGAAUUAGGUGUUACGAAUUAGUAACGAAUUAGGUGUUAAAAUCGGUCUCUGAACAACGUCCUCUACAUAUUGGAGUGGCCCGUUGUUCAAUGCCACUUCCACAUCUAAAAGUACUUCCUCUAGCUCCUUCCACUUCAGACAUCCACCACCAAUAGUUUUGUGCAAUGAACGUUUCACCAACCCGAUUAGUCGCUCAAACUGUCCUCCCCACCACGGAGCACGGCUAAGGUUAAAUUGUCCAUGAAUUUCAGAUCUCGGGAGAAAGUCCUGAAGUUUCUCGUCCCGUUGAACAGUUCUCAGCCACUUAGCGGCAGCUAAAAACGUUUUACCGUUAUCUUAGUAGAUCUUUCAGGUCGACCUCGUCUCGCAAUGAAUCGUUUAAGACUCUGAAGGAAUUCUUGGGUGUGUAGUGAAGAUAACAGCUCGAUGUAAAUAGCUCUGGUUAAGCUGCAAGCGUACAACACGAUGUAAGCUUUCCCUUCCGUUUUCGUGCUUUUCUGAUACUUCAGAGGUCCAGCGAAGUCUACUCCAACUGCUUGAAAGGGCCGAUUCCUUCGGUUCUCUCGAGUGGAAGCAUUCCUGGUGGUGGUUGUUCUAAGGCUUUUGCUUGAAAUCGACGGCACCCAUAGCAACUCUUUAUUACUCUACGAACUAACUGUCUCAAUCUCGGAAUCCAGUAUUUACUUCGUAUGUGUGCCAUAGUCAUGCCGACUCCCCCGUGAAGAGUGCAUGAAUGAGAAUCUUCCACUAACUUUGUCGCCAACAGGUUUAUGUCAGGUAUAUAAACAGGAUAUUGUCCUUGAAUUCGACCACGACAUUCUAAAAUACCGUUCGUAUUUGGUUGUAAGUUUAGUCGUAACCGGUCUUCUUCUAAAUCACAGUUCGAUUGGGCACGCUUUACCCAAAGGAGACGUUGACUCUCCAUCUCAGCCGUUGUCAAUGGUCCUCUGAUUCUUUGGUUAGGAUUACGGCAGUUAAACGCGAAUCUUGCUAUCCAGGAACAGAUUCUCAGGGUUUUCCACAGGUCAAACUUGGAGAGUAAUUCUUCAAUUUUGCGCAUGCUGGUUUGUUCAACUGUUGCUGCGAAGAUUUGGCAAAUACUUUGGCUUCAGCAUCGCUUUCUUUCGUUGCUGAGGUAAUGAUGUCACGGGGCCAGUUCUGUCGGUCAGCUACCCAUUCAGGACCAUUCCACCAGAGUUGAUUUUCUUGUACAGGUCCACCUCUACUCCCUAAAUCGGCUGGGUUUUCUUUGAUGGGCACGUGACGCCAUUCAAGCUGAGUGUUGGACUUGAUCUUCACCACUCGAUUUGCGACGAAUUGCUUGAAUUCUCCCCCGCCAUUUAUCCAGUGAAGUGCAACGGGGCUAUCAAGCCAUCCUUGCAUCGCGGUCACAGGAAACCCUUCGAGAGCUCCUUGGACAUUUCCAACUAGAUUUGCAGCCAUGUGAGCAGAAACCAGUUCGAGCCGCGGAAUUGUCAAACCCCGCUUUGCUAAUCUCGACUUCGCGGCCACAAGACCUUGACUCACUCCCAAUGAUUGAUGGACAAUUGCGUAGACGGCACUUGAAACACCUUCGCCACUUGCAUCGUCAAAUGCGUGGAGCUCUAUGGACUCGAUAUCUUCGCGAAAUCGCACUAGAGAACGUGGUGCGCUAACUUGUUUUGGAAGGUUUUGUUCCCAUAGUAACCACUUCCUUUUAAGGUCUUCCUCUAUCGGUGCAUCCCAUCCAAUUUUCCUGUUACACGUUUCACGGUAGAUAAACUUUCCCAGCAGGACUUGAGGCGAGACUAACCCCAAAGGAUCGUAGAUCUUAGCUAGUUUCCUUAAGAUUCCUCGUUUGGUAGUUGUUGCUGUUUCUAAUGGUAUGGUGAUACUGAUUUGGUCGCACCUCUUUUCCCAACGAAGACCGAGAAUGCUCGACUCCCCCCGGUGUGCGGUAGCCAGUUGCUGUUUGGCGAACGUUUCUUCACUUGUGGAAUCUAUGGCUGGUUCUUCCAAUUCUUGUGCAUUUGAAUGCCGCGUCACGAAAUAUCUCGGUUGCUCUGUCCUUGAAAGUUUUUAAUUUCGGUACGGUCGUCUUUCCGCCGAUAAGAUCGUCUACGUACAUGCUCUUGCGAAGCUCUUUCACGUCUUGUGGCAUUCGAGUUUCCCACGACUCCAAAUGGUGUUCGAUGACUCCUCAGAGUAGAAUCUUAAUCUUAGUAGAAUCUUAGAAUCCUCCGAGUGAAUCUUAACGUCUCGACUGCUGCUUGAUCGUUCGGUUUCCAGUGAAAGCGGAGUGCAUCCCUUUCUGCUUGUUUAAUCCGUACUUGGAGAAACGCUUGCUUCAAGUCACCAGUCAAUGCAACGGGAUGGAAUCUCACACGAACCAGGACGUCCCACAAACGGUUUUGUAGCGGUGGUCCAGCAUUCAGGCAAUCGUUUAAACUGGGUGCUUCGGAGUGUGCUCGAGCAGACGCGUCGUACACGAUUCGCAGUUUUGUUGAUUCUGCAGCUUCUCUAACGACUGGUUUGUGUGGUAUGUAGAACUCGCGUCUUCUACAAUACCUUCUUCCCUUUGCGUCUUGAUAAUCUCUGCGUAUGGUUCAGUCAGUUCGGUUUGUUUCAACUUACGAGUUAGGUUGUUGAGUCGUCUCAAACUCCCCUUUUCAUUGGAUGGAAGGAAUGGAUGGUUAUUUUUCCAUGGCAACCCCGUCUCGUACCAACCCUGAUCACUUCUCACGAGUUGUUCACGGAAUUCUGUGUAGACGUCUGUUUGGUCAUGCUCUGGUCGAUCCGCGAUUCCAAGAACGUCCAAAGCCAAGGAUUAGAUGUAUGGGUAGUUUUGACUUUUGGUCGUUGUCUUCUAUGCAAACGCCUUGUAGAUGUGGGUAGCUGGCGAUCAGUUUCUGAUAGUUUGGAUUGUCGACACUCAAGAAUUCGUUCUUGUCAACUUUCGUCACGUUUACGUUCAUUUUGAAUUUUCUGUCCAAAGCUUCAAUGUUAAUUGUAGAUAACUCCAUUUCUCGUGUCACCGCUCCGAGCAUCAUUUCUACACGUCGUACUUCUUUACGGUGGUCACGGUUUGACAAGCGCUUCAAUAACGCAGCAGAAGCGUAUGAACUUCCUGCACCUGUAUCUAGAAGCGCGCGGCAUUUCACCCCUUCAACAUUAACUAUGACUACUGGAUAAACCAACGGUUCGUAACUAGUUCCGGUUGCG